UUUGCUUCACUAGAAUGGAAGAAUUGGGUUCCAUGUGGAAUUAUCAAGUGGGUGUAGAUCAACUGAAAUUCAGGCUUCAAAUCACCACGAUGGAGCUAGAGUCCCUCAAAAUGGAAGCAGAUGAACAGAAAAGAAAACACAGUGAAGAAAUAAAUCAUCUGCUGGGUCUCAUAAAGCUUGCUUACAAAGAAAGAGACGAAGCAAGGGAACAAUUGAAGAUGUUGAUCAACAAGUUAAUGCCACACCCCCGUUCUGAAAAUCCAGUUGCAACAUCUGUAAAAGCAAAUUCAAGCAUCACUGAAUCCAACAGUUUAUCUGAUGCUUACAAUCACCAUCACUCACUCGGUUGUUCCUCCCCAGGGGAUUCUUUUUUCGACGCUGUUACUUCACCAGACUUUUCAACCUGGAAAAUCGCUGCUGAUUCUUGCAAGAUGAUGGGUUUUGGGAACCAACACAAUGUUCCGUUGGUGACCAACAUUGAUUCUGCAACAGCUAUUAUUGAUGAUAUAGCAAAGGGUAGAAGUUUGCCUCAAAAAAGGAAGCUUUUGCAGGCUGUAAUGGAAGCUGGACCUCUUCUUCAAACACUUAUUGUUGCUGGUCCUCUUCCUCGUUGGAGGAAUCCUCCCCCAUUUCAAGCUUUCAAAAUCCCCUCUGUUUCCCUUACAGGUGUUUGUGAUUCCAAAACUCAUGACGCCAAAUCGUUGGCCAAUCCAAAUAGAACCAUGGCUCAGAAACGGGUGAACCAGUGCUCGGCCUCGAUGAUGAACUUUGCAAGUUCGGGGCUUAGCAGUACACGGAUGUUGAACAAAGGUGCUGGUUUUGACUCUCCAAUCAACAUUAGUCAAACAACAAAAGGUUUCUAUGACUUAACAAAAAGAAGAUGAUUAGCGUCUUCUUGUUGUAAAGAUCAAGGAUUGUGGGUGUAAAUUGGAUACACUUGUUUUUGGGCUUGAAUUUGAUAGAUGAAUGAUAUUG